AUUCAAAAAUGGCACAAUUUCUCGAUAUUCAAUAAGAGUACAUUUUUUAUGUAGAAAACCCUAAACUUUCAAAUUCUAAAACUGAAUUUCAAAAAUAGAAUCGCACAAAAAUUUUGGCGCUAAAAUAACCUGACUCUAGAAACCGCUGGUAAAAUAUUGCACACUUUUAUCGGGACACCCUGUAUAGAAAAAUGUACAUUGAUAACAACCACGCAAUUCCAGUAAUUGGUCACUUGUUCUGACUAUUAUUGAAUCUUGACUAGAAUCAUGAUCCAGUCGGCAGCCACUUUGGACCUCAUUUUGGUCCUCAGAAUAUAAAAAAGUAUAUUGAAAUUAAUUUAUGUCGUAAAUUUUGAAGGUUUUCAUUUACCUCCAAAGUUUGCUAAUAAAAUCAAAAUACUGUUCUGGCUAUGACAACUGUGGAUGUAAAAUUUUUAAAACUGUCACAAAUUUGUAAAUCAGGUACCAAUUACCAGCAAGUAUAGGAUUAUAUUCAAAUCUUUCCCAAUAAUAUGAGAUUUGUCAAGCUACCUGGUAGUAUCUGAACUACUGGCAUAUUUACAAAACCUACAUCAUACAAAGAACAAUCGAUUACUAAUUUUAAUAUUCCUGUCCAAUAUUGUCAUUGCGGGAGAGAAUGAAUACCUAUUUUGUACAGAGAAGUUGUUUCUGGAUCCGCCCCUGGACUGGACCUGUCAAGGUAGGAACUCCCUGUGACGUCACAGCCCUCUACUGUUUUCCCUUAUAUAACCUUAAGCUUGAUUUUUAUUUAAAAUUUCCACUUCAAGUUUUAAAAAGAAGUGAAAGUGAUUUGUCUCAAUAACAAGACAUGUCAAGAGAUAUGCAUUCAAUAGAACAUAUGCAGUCGCUUUAGAGAACAAUUGCGCCUUCAAAAUCCCAAAACAUGCUAAUGAAAGUACUUGAUGAAAUUUGUUUACUUCUAGAAACCUACAAGGGCAGGGAUAAGAUUUUACGUACAUUAUGCUAUACCACUAGAUUAAUUGGUGGAUUACAAGAAAACCAAGAGAUUGCUAAGAAGCUACUUCGCUUCAGUUCAGUAAUGUCUGAUACUAGAGCUACAUUACGUUUAUUAGAUGAUCUACCCAUGUUGCAGUAUAAUAUUCAAUAUGGCUUUGGUUCACAGGAGCCAGAUAAAUUCAUGGCACAACUGGGAGUCUUGACAAACGUGAUUGAUCAAGUGUAUUUCCCAAUAGAGAAAAUGGCUUGGCUGGCAGAACAUAAUUUGAUAUCAGGAGUAAACAACUCUAAAUGGGACACUGCCAGCUCAAUUUGUUGGGUACUAUCUAUUUAUCUGACACUCACAAAAUGAAUGGUCUUUAGAAUAGGUAUAAUCGACCUAAACACCACCGACACAAACGUUUACCGGUAUACAGGAGUAACUGCUCGCAAUAGAGAAAUUGCCAAUUCGACGAGACAACAAAAUACAAGUCGGAACUCGAAAACCAGAGUGCCUACUCAAGUAUUUCAUUGGCACUUGAGUAGGCUCUCCGUUUCUCGACAAAUAUUUUAUGCAUAUCAAAACCGAGUAUGCUCUCGCUAACAGGAGUAGUUACUCGCUACAAUAUGGAGUCGCUACUUCUGAUAACCCACUCGCCUUUAUGCAUAUCACCCAUUGGAAACAAGCUGCCACUGUAGUUGGUCUGUAAUCAAAUUUGAAUUGCUAACGCUGUACGAAUUUUGUCUUUGCAAAUUAUGUUACAAUUUCUUACAUGGCUUUCUGAGCUUAGUUUGUCAUUCUCACAUAACACCAAAUUCGGGAUUUAUUUAUAACUGCUUUCAAUUUAAGUUAGUAUUAUCCUUAGAAUUAAAAGUUAUUUCCAUUUUGAAUACCUCUUUGCUUAUUGAAAAAGUGGACAUUUGAAUUUGUGAUUGCAGGACAUUGAGAUACAUUGCAGUUUUGCGCAAACAUGAAAAGUGUGUUAAAAUAGACCCAAGGUAAAUACUUAUUUGUUCAAGCCAUCAUCUUUUGACUCUAAUUUUGUUUACAGAAUUCCAAAUGAUAAAAUUCUUAAAAUGAUGUAUUAUGAAAUUUUAACUGCAACAAGGCUAGCCAUAGAUUUUAUUCAUGCUGUAAACACACUACCACCAGGAUUUUUGUGGGCUUCCAAACUCA